AUGGCUGUGUUGGCAUUUGCCAUUCAAAAGAGAAGGCUCUCAAGCGACCAUGAAGCCAUACGGCAGAAAUUUCAAAGCAGACAUUCUUGUUCUGAGCAAUCAUCCGACCAUCAUAUGAAACGGAUAGAUGGUCCUCUAUGCAAAGAAUGUGAUUUUGUAAGAUCUCAAAUAUCCAGCGAACCAUCUUCCAGGGUCAAAGAGGAAGGUAUUAUUAUUUGCGACAACCUCCCGUAUAUCGCUACCGAAUCUUGUCCUAUGUGUCAGUUCAUCAAGUACAACAUCCAGAGCUACAACCUGGGAAAGAACACAUCUUUUGAGCUGAGGCUGUUCUCUAGUCGAAAAUCUUUCUCCUGGCUUUAUCGCUCCCAUGCGAAGUAUCUCGACACCACAAUGAUGCUUGCGGUCGUCCCUAAGCAUAUCUUCGGCCGUGAAGGAAGCCCAAGCGAUUUCAUCCGAAGCUAUGUGCCAGAGUUCUUGAUACCAGGAGAUCCCAGCCCAUACCCUUUGUGUGUUUCAGGCAGAAGUAUAUAUACAACGAUGGUUGAUUUUGGGUUCAUCCGUGAAUCUUUAUCAUACUGCAUGGAGCACCAUCACCAUCAUUGCGACCGCCCGGCAUAUUCCAUUCAGGGUUCCAUCACGGUUUAUGACUAUAAAAAUAAUCGUACACUGGAUGUGAAGCUCCCAUGCUUAUACAUUGCCUUGAGCUACGUGUGGGGAGAUGCGGGAAGAAAGGAAGAGCGAACCCGGCGAGGACAUACGAGGAGACCGAAAGUGAUUGAAGAUUGUAUUACGAUCGCAGACCAUCUGAAAAUUCCCUAUGUAUGGGUGGAUAAAUACUGCAUAGAUCAGACCAAUCCACAUAAACAGCAACAACAGUUAAACAGCAUGUAUGCCAUUUACAAUAAUGCAUAUCUUAUGGUUGUUGAUGGGGCUGGGUCUGACAUGCAUUGUGGUCUUUUUGGUGUCUCAAUGCCCCGAACUCGAAGCCAAGCCAGGGUACAGUUACCUCUCAUCCUAAACUCUCCAUGGAACUCAAGAGGUUGGACAUAUCAAGAAGCCAUAGCAUCACCACGACUCCUGAUUUUCACAGAGGAGCAGGUCUAUUUCGAAUGCAAAGCAAUGAGGUGCUGGGAAAGCCUUUAUAUCUCACUGGACAGCCAUCACUGCAGGAAUAAGUCGACAUUUAAGGACAGCCUUUGUGAGCCCAUCUUCUGCCAGGAAACUCGAAAUCCGACAGAAUUUGAAGGACGCACUGACUUUCCUCGAUAUAUCAAAAGCUAUACUUGUCGGACUCUUACCAACAGCUAUGAUGCAUUGAAUGCCAUUACAGGGGUCCUUGGCCUUUUGGAGAAGGGAAAUGAGCCAGUGUAUAAUUUCUGGGGAAUCCCACUGUAUGCCACUACCUCGGGGGACUCUUCCGCAGUGACUACAGGGAUGGCGUGGACCCUGCAAAAUCGACAAUGUAAAGGUUCCUGGAGACCCAUACUUAGGAGACUCAUGUUUCCAAGUUGGUCCUGGACAGGAUGGGAGGGUGUCGUUGGAUCCUUUGAGCUAGGAAACCUCAACCACGCUACCAAUGUUUCCAUUGGAAUUCAGACGGCUAAAAACAGCGAAAUAUCAGUUCCAUGGGGAAAGUUCUGGGAAUCAGAAGGUGGGAUGAAAAUGGAUCGCCGAACCAACCUUUGGGCAUCCGGGCUGGGAUUAGGCUCCGAAAGAAAGGAAUAUUACAACUAUCCUUGGCUUGAGAUCACUGCAGGGAUUUUCCAGGUGAGCUUGCAAUACAUCACGGCCUGUGAGGUUGAGAAAAUGACUGCAGAAGAUCCCACCUUGAAUGGGGACAUUAAGCCUGGAUUUUAUAUUGUCCCUCCGAGUAAUGACGCAUGUCUUACACCUGUUGUUUUCCCACAGAAUUACCCUGAAUUACGCCCUUACAAAGCAGUGGACAUUUGUCGACAACAGUGGGAUUGCAUGCUUCUAGGAUACUGUGACAAUGAUUUCCCGGUUGUUAUUAUGCUUAAUCAUGACCGAAGACGCAAAGUAACUGAGAGGGUGUGGGGUGGAAGGCUCCUUUGGGGGGAUGGAUGGAAAGACAUAUGUAAUGUUGAAGAGCGCUGUGUACGUCUUCAUUGA